UAAAGGGACAAAAAUUAUUUAAAUGGAGCAUGAGCCUGCUUUUUUAGUUUUAACUACUCUUCUUAGUCUUCUACAGUUCUAUACUACUCUAUUUCUCUCUGCCAAAUAAUUGCAACUAAGCAGCAUCCUCCAUCUCUCUAUCCUUCUUCAUUCAUUCUGAAUUUCGGGAACAAUGUCUGACAAAAUCACAGCUGAAAACCUUCUUAACACCCUUGUGGAAACAAUUUCUCAUGCUGAGCAUAAAAAAUCUGUAUCAUUCUUUGAAGAAGAGAAGCCUAACUCAGUGAGCUCCCAAUUCAAUAGACUGUUUGGACGCCAGAAACCCGUGCACCAUCUUCUAGGGGGUGGAAAAUCUGCUGAUGUCUUGUUGUGGAGGAACAAGAAGAUCUCUGCUGGCGUUUUAACUGGUGCAACAGCUAUAUGGGUGGUUUUUGAAUGGCUUAAUUAUAAUUUCCUAACACUUUUGUUCUUUGCUCUGGCUCUUGGCAUGCUUGCACAGUUUCUUUGGGCUAAUGCUUCUGGCGUGUUUGGCAGGAAGUCAUCUAAAGUUCCUCGUUUUGUUCUCCCAGAAGAUUUCAUUGUGAAUAUUGCAACUGCGGUUGGCUUUGAGGUUAACCGUGGUUUGAGGGUUCUUCAAGAUGCUUCUUGUGGAGGAAACCUUAAGCAAUUUCUUCUUGUUGUAGUAAGCUUAUGGGCUGGUGCUGUGAUUGGGAGCUGGUGCAAUUUUUUGACUGUCAUGUAUAUUGGUUUUGUUGCUGCUCAUACAUUCCCAGUUCUGUAUGAAAGGUAUGAGGAUCAAGUUGAUGACUUUGUGUACAAGUUCCUUGGUCAGAUGCGAAAUCAAUAUCAGAAGCUGGAUUCUGGCUUGCUUAGCAAAAUCCCCAAUGGAAAGUUCAAAGGGAAGAAGCAUGAAUAGGUUCAUCCUUAUGUAAAUUGUUUGAUUGUCUGUAUCCUAUUCUAACUUAAGAUGGAAUUGAGGGAAAAACCUUAAUGAAGUAACUAGGGAAAAAGAAUGAUUUGUGUCAUGUGGUUACUGAUAUUUAUUUUGUGCUAUGUUGGGGGCUUCAAAAUUUGUGCUGUCAUUAUUUGUCAUUAUUGGGAGAUUGUGAAGGCUUACAAAACAGAGUUGGAUAUUAUGUAAACCUAUGUAAAAGGAAUUUUUUAUCUUCA